GUUUUAUUAUUGGCUGGGCCUAGCCAAGCACAACGGGGUCCUGAUGGGUGACUCGACAUCGAGGCGGUCAAUCAUUGUCUCUCGUUUGCCAAUAUUCCGGAGAAGUAUUAACCGAAAGCAUGAUUCCCUCCCAUCGUCACCAACUUCCAACAGUACCAUUGGUGUUCACAGUUCUUCUCCCUCCAGCACCAACUCUAGCUCAGGUAGCACAGGUAAACGCAGGAGUCUCUUCCGGACACCGUCCAUUAGCUUCCAUCACAGAAAGGGGAGCGAUCAGAAGACGGAGUCCUCCUGCCAGAAUGCGGGCAUUUUGAAUGGUGCCCAGUCAGGCCACAACACUUUGCAAAAGCUUGGUUUGGAAGAACAUGCCAAGAGCAGAAGCAGACAUUCUGUGCAUUUCGGAAGUUCUCGAAGUAAAAAGAUCACACGGUCCUUGACGGAGGACUUUGAAAAGGGGAGGGAGCCCUCCACCAAUAAGAACGUUUUCAUCAACUGCAUAAGUUCCGGGAAGAACGAAGGCGAUGACUCUGGCUUCGCAGAGGCCCAAAGCAAGCCAUCUGUUAAACAUUCCUCACGGAAGCUUCUCCCCAAGUCGUUCUCAACACACUACAGAUUCUCAAAGCUGGCCCCUCAGAGUCAAUCGGUUUCCUCUGUUCAACCCUCUUCUUGUUUGCUGGAGAUUAAAUCCAACAUUGAACCCGAUCCCGCUUCUGCAAAGUCUUCUCCUUCGGAAUGUAUAGGCAGCUCUUUGCUUUCCACCGAUCUGACAACCGUACAGACACCAUCCGAGUUUUUAGCCUUGACGGAGGACUCUGUUUCGGAGGUCGACGGGCUGACCGCCUGUGGAAACUUACACCCAGAAACCUUGGCCCACAAUGUGUCUACCUCUCAAACCUUUGCUGCUUCUCCUCUUUCAAGGAAAACAAACCUUACAGAGAGUAUUUCUCCUUCUGCGGAAACUUACAGGGCUAGAAAUGUAUUGCUCGCUGAAUCCAGCGCUUUCUCCGAAAUCCUUGAUUCGAAUCGAAAGCAUACGAAAGUAUUAUUGCCGGAGCUCUUUGCUAAACAGACCAGCCAUCUAGAAGAUGUAAACUCAGGAGCUAAAGCACAAUUAAAAACCUUUGUCUUAAACCAGGGAGAAGUAGUUGAAAGUUCUCCAAAAGCACAGAGAUUGCAGAGGGACCAACAAAAAGCAAGAGUAUCGGAACAUGUCAGAGAAAUCUUUCUGGGCAUUGAAUCUAAGACCACGCCUUUGUCUUCUGAACCUCAGUCCUUUCAAACACAACAGACCAAUGACAUAAACCAUGCCAAGGUGGGUCUUCCUAGUAGUUUUAGUCCAUUUCGAGAAGGAAGAUUCAUAGAAAAGCGUUUAAGGUCCUCCUCAGAAGGCACUGCUGGGAACAGUCGGAUGAUCCUAAAGCCAAAGGAUGGAACCCCGGAAGACAUAAAUUGUUUAAGAAAACAGCGAACGAGUUCCUCAUCAUCUAAAAUGAAUAGCUUG